UUGAAAAUCAACUGAUGAUAUAUAGCAAUUUUUCUCCAGCAGAUGGUACUUGCCUUCCUAGCUCUUUGUCUAUUGCAGCCCUCCGGAUUAAAAUACUCUCACGAUUUUCCUUAUGACUAUUGACUAGCAACACACUAUUCCACUACCUGGGAGGAUAGAACUUGACCGAAUUAAUAAAAAAGAAUAGCUCACGGAUGCUAAAUCUCAAGCCGUUUAAUUUACCAAGAUCGUUGCAGGGAUGGUAGUUGGUUGUCGUGGAGAACUUGACAUCACACCCCAACACGAAGUUGCAAGCUUCGUCCAGUCCUGAAUGAUUUGAAUUCUACACUCUAACUAAACAUCAAUUGAACAUAUCCAGCGACGGUACAAACACACGUCGAAAUCACUUGAACCUACUCUUCAAACCCUAAAUCUGACAUACAAUGUCUUCCAUCCGCCCCCUCCUCCGCGCCGCCAGCACCAUUCCACGCACCACCCCUAUCCGCACAUUCCACGCCUCUGCCCGCUCCCUGGUUCAAGUCGGAGAUGCGAUUCCGUCCGUCGAGCUAUUCGAAAACUCUCCGGGCAAUAAGGUGAAUAUCGCCAACGAGUUGAAAGGGCGGUCGAUUAUCGUCGGCGUGCCGGCGGCUUUCUCGCCGGCAUGCUCCGAAUCACAUAUUCCAGGAUAUAUCUCGUCCAAAGACCUAAAGGGAGUGGACUCCGUCUUCGUGGUGUCCGUCAAUGAUCCCUUUGUCAUGAAAGCCUGGGCUGCAUCUCUUGACCCCAGCCAGAAGAGCGGAAUCCGUUUCUUGGCUGAUCCCCACUUGGAUUUCACCAAGGCGUUGGAUUUGGCUUUCGACGGCACCUCCAUUUUCGGGGGACAUCGAAGCAAGCGGUAUGCGCUUGUCGUGGAGGAUGGGAAAGUCAAGGAGGCACAUGUCGAGCCUGACAAUACAGGGUUGAAUGUUUCUGCGGCUGCAAAGGUGUUGAAGGCCAAAUGGUGAGGGGAAGCGGAACAGGGUUGACGAUGGGAUAGAGCUAGGGCAGUCUUUCGGUUGGUAGAAAAGGAAAUCUGGACAGGAGUGUUGAGCGGACUUUAAUUACUCUAUGGGGCAACAAAAGGGCUAUCUACAUCGAAUCAGGGCCACGACGUCCCAUCAAUCGCCCUUCGAGCCUGUCGAAUCCCGUAAUGUGACAAGCCAUCGCCGAAAUCAUCCUGCGGCGAGCCAUCCCUGGUAUCAUAUACCGAAAACUCCAAACAUUCACGCCAUGAAAAUCCACCCAACCACGGCACGCCCAUAGGAGCGCUCACGCACAGCGAGAGAUCUCCACUAACGCCCCGUGCCCGGGCAUAUCGUCAUCCCUCAUUCACUGCUCACUC